AUGGCCUCGUUGGCCGCCCAACCCAGCGUCGUUCCGCCCAAGGACCUCGAGAGCUUCCAGCAACACCUGAGCAAGUCGACGCGUAUUCUCGCGCUUCUCGGUGCGGGACUCUCAGCGUCUUCUGGUUUACCAACUUUUCGAGGUGCUGGGGGUAUGUGGAGGACGCAUGACGCGACCUCACUAGCAACACCCCAGGCCUUUGAGCGCGAUCCAGGACUCGUGUGGCAAUUCUACAGCUACCGACGGCACAUGGCACUCAAAGCCAAGCCCAACCCUGCUCACUACGCCCUAGCCGAAUUGGCGAAGAAGAAGGAGCAAUUUAUCACGCUGAGCCAGAACGUUGAUGGCCUAUCACCGCGCGCUCAACACCCCGCCGACCAACUCAAACUCCUACACGGCUCCCUCUUCGACCUCAAGUGCUCAGACUUCUUCUGCAACUACUCGGAGCGCAACAACUACACCGACCCCAUCGUACCUGCUCUCGCCAUCCCCACCGACGAAUCCGACCCAACCACAAACGCUGCCCUUGCCGCCCGCGAACUAGACAUCUCCGACAUCAAUGUCGAAAUCCCGGAACUCGACUACAAGCACCUCCCCCAUUGCCCUGAAUGCAAGAACGGCCUGCUACGUCCGGGUGUAGUCUGGUUUGGCGAAAUACUGCCUAAGAAGGUUAUGGAAGAUGUCGACGCGUUUAUCGAGGACGAAGAGGAUAUUGAUCUCAUUAUGGUCAUUGGAACGAGUGCGAAGGUAUAUCCUGCCGCCGGAUAUGUGGAUCUUGCGCGUAGCAAGGGAGCGAGGGUUGCCAUUAUCAACAUGGACGCCAACGACGUUCCUGCAGGAGGACUGUACGAUGGGGACUGGUUCUUUCAAGGCGAUGCGGCGCAGAUUGUGCCCGAGUUGCUGAAGAGCGUCAUUGGAGAGAUUGAUACAGAGAAGAUGGGAGAUGCUGCGGGAGGAGCUGGCUUGAGACCUGUCAGACUGUCUUGA